GCUGGAAAUAAAAUAUGCUAUUAAAAAAAAAAGGAAAAAAUUAAAAUAAAAUAAAAAAGUAAAAAAAAAGAAAGAAGAAGAACAAAUAGAAAAAGUCGUCCCUGUCCACCCACUCCACCACCAUCCUCACCUCCGCGCAGCCACGGUGGUACUUUUUGAUCUCUCUCUCCCUCUCUCUCUCUAAUACUACUGUACAAGACAAUUCUUUUUUUUACCCUUUUCAACUUCCCUUCCCAUCCACCGUCUUCCCAACUCCCUCUGUCUCUCUCUGGUGUAAAGUGUAAACAAGAACAACAGAUUAUGGCAAUGGCAAGCAUCGCUCGAAGAAAGGCGGCGUCGGCUUUCUUUUCCCCGUCCAAGUUCUCCCCUUCGGCUUACAAGUACUCUUUCUAUCUGACCUCCCGAGGCUUCGCCGCUGGUUCCGCUGACGAGAACGACGUCGUUGUCAUCGGAGGCGGCCCUGGUGGUUACGUCGCCGCUAUCAAGGCUGCUCAGCUCGGUCUCAAGACCACCUGCAUCGAGAAACGUGGCACCCUCGGCGGCACCUGUCUCAACGUUGGUUGUAUUCCUUCCAAGGCACUCCUUCAUUCAUCACACAUGUAUCAUGAAGCCAAACAUUCGUUUGCCAGUCAUGGUGUGAAGGUCUCUUCCGUCGAGGUGGAUUUGCCUGCUAUGUUAGCCCAGAAAGACAAAGCUGUUUCUAACCUGACUCGUGGUAUCGAAGGCCUUUUCAAGAAGAACAAAGUCAACUACGUGAAGGGUUAUGGGAAGUUUGUCUCCCCCUCUGAGGUUUCUGUUGAUACCAUUGAAGGUGGUAACACCGUUGUGAAAGGGAAGAACAUUAUUGUUGCCACUGGUUCCGAUGUCAAAAGUCUACCCGGGAUUACCAUUGACGAAAAGAGGAUUGUGUCAUCAACUGGUGCUUUGUCCUUGUCGGAAGUACCGAAGAAGCUGGUUGUGAUUGGUGCUGGAUAUAUCGGCUUGGAAAUGGGAUCCGUUUGGGGCCGACUCGGCUCUGAGGUUACGGUCGUGGAAUUUGCAUCUGAAAUUGUUCCAACCAUGGAUGGUGAAGUCCGUAAACUGUUUCAGCGUACACUUGAGAAACAGAAAAUGAAAUUCAUGCUUAAAACCAAGGUGGUCUCAGUUGACAGUUCUGGGGAUACUGUGAAAUUAAACCUUGAGUCUGCUGAUGGCGGCAAUCAGACCACCCUCGAAGCCGAUGUUGUCCUUGUUUCCGCUGGGCGAGUCCCGUUUACUGCAGGACUGGGAUUGGACAAGAUAGGCGUUGAAACUGAUAAGGCUGGUCGGAUUUUAGUUGACAAGAGAUUCGCCACUAAUGUUCCUGGUGUGUUUGCCAUUGGCGAUGUUAUUCCUGGCCCUAUGCUGGCCCACAAGGCAGAGGAAGAUGGCAUCGCAUGCGUCGAGUUCAUUGCUGGUAAAGAAGGCCAUGUGGACUAUGACAUGGUUCCUGGUGUAGUGUACACACACCCAGAGGUGGCAUCUGUUGGAAAAACUGAGGAGCAGGUGAAAGCACUUGGGGUUUCGUACCGUGUUGGGAAGUUCCCAUUCAUGGCAAAUAGCAGGGCUAAAGCGAUUGAUGACGCAGAAGGGAUUGUGAAAAUACUUGCGGAGAAGGAGACAGACAAGAUAUUGGGGGUGCACAUUAUGUCUCCAAAUGCUGGAGAGCUUAUCCAUGAGGCCGCAUUAGCGUUGCAGUACGGGGCAGCAAGUGAGGACAUAGCUCGUACUUGCCAUGCACAUCCGACGAUGAGUGAGGCUGUAAAAGAAGCGGCCAUGGCUACUCAUGGCAAGCCUAUUCACAUAUAAAAGAUGGUGUCUUAACUUUUGUUGCAACAUCACGUUUACGGUGUUUAUUUGUCUUUACAUCCUUUUCCCCCCCUCCCCUGAGAGGUUACCAAUUUGAGUUUUAGUAUAAAGGGCUUUUCUGAUUGAACAUGUUAUUAUCCCCGCUUCUUUCAUUUUCUCCCUGCAUGAACGAAAUACCUUAUUGAGAAGUUUUACUCAUUUGUUGCAUGUGAAUAUGCAAAAAUAAUAUUAUACCAGUAGUUUUUCUGAUCAUAGUUGGAUAUACACAGAAAUUAUGCUGUGCUAUUCUCUUUAGGAACACUUUUGUUUUGCUUAUUAGAAUGCGUAGGUAUAUUUUGUUAUUCAUUUCAAAAUAUAUGGCUUGAGCUUUCAUGAGUAAAAUAUCUUUUUCGGAAAUGCCAAUUGCCAUGAGUAAAAUAUGAAAAGAAAGAGGUCCAUGAUCCGAU